UUCUACAAAGGCAUGUUGGUUACGCGGCUAUGUUCAGCAUAAUGUUUUAUUUAAAUACUUAGAAUAGUACAUGUUGUUAUAUAAUUUAAAGGGUAUAACAAUUGAUACACGAUCGGAGAAAUACGUUCGAAGCACUGCGGAAAUAUAUAUUCAUUAUUUGUAAUAUAAACUUGCUCCGAGGAUUUUUGGGAAUCCGUUUGCGCUCUUGAAGACAACAGCUAAUAAUACGUAAACAAAUAUCACCGCAACAACUCCUGACAGAACAUUGCCUAAUUACGAAAACAAAUUAACUUUCCUAACGCGAUAGUGUUAUUUGAAGAUAUCUGUUUUACGUAUUCAACAAAGUCGAUCACACCUGGGACUGCAUUGUUUAUAAAACAAGGCGGUGAAACCCUUAACUAAUGACUUGUAUUCACGUGUAGCCAAAUGACCGAUUUCACUUUAAAAAAAAAGGCAUCCUUGCAAAAUAUAUUGACAUUUCAUAACUUAACGAAAUACAAAGGUACAUAUUGUAUGAUUUUUUCGACCUUUUCGUGUACCAUAAGGUUUCAAACAAACGCCUGUUAUCUUCCGUAUAAGUUCUGAUGUUGGAUCAAAAUUAAAUACUGUGAAUAUGCAAUUUCAUGAAGACAGAUGUGAUAACUUAAUGAAAUAAUAAGACGAGCAUGCAACAUAGGCGUAUAAUUUUCUUCUGGAGAAUUUAGUUUUAAGAAUAUAAGAUUACAGAAGUAGUCUGUUAGUUAAUUAAGACAAAGCGUAUUACGUUAGAUUUUAUCUAUCAAUCAAGGAGAAUUAGCCGAUACAGAAGAUGGAUGUUGUCGACAGUGUGCUUACAGCUGAAGCAAUGGAUAGAAAUGACACUGAGUAUAACAUAUCGGCUGAGAUUUUUCCACCUAUGCCGCCAAUGAUGCCAGAGAACCCUCUUGCUUCGUUUGAAAAAUAUGCACUGGUCAUUACAAACUCCAUUGGAAUAGUUGCAAACUUAUUAAUAUUCUACAUUUUUACCAGAACCAAACUAAAAAGACAAUCAACAUCAAGAUACCUUGCAGCAAUAGCAAUUGCUGAUUCCGGGUACCUUUUCACAAGUAUGUGUAUAAGCAUCACGAAAUAUAACAACAUUCGUAUUCAGAACAGAAUUGGAACGUGCCAACUGAUUUCGUUCGGGCAAUACGCAUUCCCGUUUCUUAUUCGCUGGUACCUUACAGCAGUGGUUGUUGAAAAAUACAUUGGUGUCAUGUGGCCAUGUAAGAAGUCUAAACUGUGCACUGUGUUUAGAGCAAAAUGUGUGAUUAUUUCACUAGCGGUGAUGGCUAUUGUUUGCUACUUGUACGUAACGUGGUUCUUUAUAUCUUCUGGGGACCCACCCAUUUGUAUUAUAGUUUGGUCUGAUCCACGCGUACGGGACCCCUGGCAAAUUCUAACAAAGAUGGACGCCGUCGUUAAUUUUCUUGUUCCAUAUGUGAUAAUUUUCUGCCUAACUUGCCUUAUUGCCUAUAGAAGCUGGAUAUACAAACAGCGAGCUCGAUCUCCGGCCUCUUCAGAACGUUUUCUUCGGCGCCGAAGGGACGGGGCGGAAGAAAAGGAAUUUAAAACAACCCCUAUGCUGUUAUUACUAGUGACCUGUUCUCUUUUGUUUUGUAUUCCAAACAGUACCCAACGUCUUCGUGAACUUUCUCCGAACUUCAAGCCGGCAAUGACAGAAACUGAUCAGAUUGUCAGUGGAUUGUGUGGAUACUUUGAAGUCCUGAACAGCGCCAUACGGAUUUUUAUAUACAUAAUUGCCUCAAAUUCAUUUGUACGUCAGUUAGGAAGAAUUGUGUUUUGUGUUGGUAAAUGUAAGCAACAGUCAGAAAAUACAGAAUCGCAGACCUGUCAUAUGACCAAUAUUGACGGCUGCACCACAAAAUCAGUUGCAACUUCAACCGAGGGUAUUGUGUAGUUUGCAAAUGACUUCGAGUAUCAAACGGUAUUCUAGACAUUCAUGUACUUUCUUGUUGUUCAUAUCCAUGUACAUGUAUAUGAUAAUGUUGUUAACUGGUAUACAUUUUAUUGAUUGUUUAGAAAUAAAAAUAGUUCAAUGCUAUUCCUAUUAAAUUAUGCAUUCCUAAGCAGUGCAUGUCAGAUAA